AUGGCAUCGUCAGUCGCCCAAAAGCGUUUAUUUCACGAAUAUAAGCUCCUUUCUACCUCUCCUCCGGACGGGAUCACAGCUGGCCCUAUAACAGAAGAUGACAUGUUCUUAUGGGAGGCAUUAAUACAAGGCCCCGAAGGAACCCCGUUUGAAGGAGGGGUGUUCGCAGCAGAACUGAAAUUCCCGAAAGACUACCCAUUAAGUCCGCCAUCAAUGAGAUUUCUAGGCAACAUGUGGCAUCCAAAUAUAUUUGAAAAUGGAAAUGUGUGUAUCUCUAUCCUCCACCCACCCGGUGACGAUCCAAACCAUUACGAACACGCAUCUGAGCGCUGGAGCCCAAUCCAGAGCGUUGAAAAGAUCCUCAUUAGUGUUAUGAGUAUGCUGGCUGAACCGAAUGACGAAAGCCCGGCGAACGUUGAGGCGGCUAAAAUGUGGAGAGAGAAAAGGUCUGAAUAUGAAGCAAGGGUAAGGGAAGAGGUGAGAAAAGGGUUAGGGCUGUGA